GCUCUCGCCGCCGUCCAGCUGGCCGUCUCUUAACCACUCUGUGCACCCUAUCUCCGUCUUCAAUCUCUACUACCGCUUGGAAUAGUUCUGCUAGCUUGGCGAACCCUCUCAAUCUCCCUCGUCUGCCUCCGAAACCUUCGGGCGGGUCACACCGGCACCCACAUGUCUCCAGACCAACUGGCAUCGGACUCGGUCGCAAGCAAGAUCGUGCCGCGGCGCGCGGCCGCGCAGAAGGCUUCCAAGCUUGCCGCGGAACAGUUGGACAGUGACGAGGAAGACCGUGGUGGUCCGUUUCGGGAGCCCUCGACUCCUAAGAGCCCGGUCAAGGUCACGUAUGGCGGAAAGCGCAAGUACAAGCGAACCCCGACCAAUGCCCACGCUGGGUCGUCUCGUGCGCACUCGCGGAGCCUGUCUCUUGUCGAGUCGUCUCCGAACAGACCUCGGGCGACCAACGUCGGCCGUGGGCGCGGUGGCUGGCGCGGACGUGGCGCAAGCGGUCAGAAGCACGCACGGACAAGGUCUGGCUCUCAUAUAUCCUCUAUCGAGAACGAGUCUGUUGGGAAGUCCGAUCCAGAGGUUAUCAUUGUCGAGGACGAGCUCGAGCUCAAGCUCGUGGUAGACAUCCCUCGUCGUAACACGGCGACAGGCUCCGAGGACCGGGGCGCACACGUCAAUGGAGACAAAGCACAAUCAUCGACGGGCAAAGGACCAAAGAAGAGGCCCAUGUCGCACACGUCGUCCAGUGGCUCUGGUGAUUUCAGCGACCUCACUCCUGUCUCUUCGCCCGAGGUCCCCUCGAAACCUUUGCAACUUCCUCCUACAAUCACGCUGGCCCCCCGACUGGCUCGACAGUUCUUGCGUGUUCAAUCCCAGAUGCAGCCUGCCACGGUGCCAGAAUUCCAGCCCCAGCCGCUGAAACAGUCCAAGUCGCUCGACGACAUAUUCGCUUUGGAUUCCGGGUCUUCGGAAUCGGAGGACGACAUGGACGCGACCGACGUGGGGAGCCUCGUCUGGGUCAGCCUUGAUCUGGAAGGACAUCUUGCGGAUGCUACUUCCAAGGAGGACACGAUGUGGUGGCCGGCGAAGGUCGUUUUACCUAAACCGCUCAUGCGUGUGUCGCUGUUCGGCGACCCUCCAGGUCCCCACCAGCUCGACAUUCCUAGCCCGUCGGCCUACAACGUUCGCUCUAUAGAGCUCGAUGGUCACAUCCGGUUCGACGAGAACGACUACCGCCCUUCACGACGGAAGAAAGUGCAGUCUUCUCCGCGCAAGAAGCGGAAAUUCGACCUCGACAUCGCGUGGCGAGAGGCUCGCAAUGCUAUGAUCAGCGUCUACGAAGGUAAUGACGACGAGGUUGCACCCGGCUCUUCCCGCUACGCCUCUGGCUCCUCGCGUCGCACGAACGGCACGAGGGGAAAGGGGAAAGCGCACGCCGACCCGAAAGGCAAGGGCAAGGCCAAAGCUUCCGACUCCGACAUGGACACCGGCGAGGGCUUCGGCCUGGGCCUGGCCUUCGGCGUCGAUCUGGACUCUAAGGCUGAGCGACAGUGGCGGGCGCCGUCGCCGAACCCGCUGCUCGAGAUCCCCGGGGAGCUCAUCCUGGCGCGGGAGUCGAGGACAAAGAGGCAGUAUUGGCCGGCGAAGAUCCUCGCGUACGUGCGGCCGACGAGGCCGUCGCAGAAGCCGAAGUACAAAGUCGUGUUCUUCGACGGCAUCGUGAAGCAGAUCGAGCCCGACCUGUUCUGCACGACGACCGACGACGAUUUCGCGACGUGCAAUAUGGGCGACUCGACAGGGCACUACGGGCUCGACGCGGACAACGACGCCCUGGAACACGCCACCGCGGCCGCCGAAGACUUCACGCGCCCCUUCGCGCCAGAGGACGAGGCGACGCUCCGCGCGCCCAGCCCGCUCCCCGCCUUGCCCGCCCCCGGCCCGAUCGCGUUCGAGACCGAGCUGAGCGUGGCCGAGCAGUUCGAGUACGUCAAGCCCGUGCUCGCCGCGGUGCUCGACGACGCCUACGGCCCCGCGAAGGCACGCAACGAGGGGUUCAUGCGCGGGGGCGGGGCGCGGAGGAAGGUGCUCGACGCGGUGCCGCCGCGGGGGAGCUUGACGGCGAUGGAGAAGGAGGAGGUCGCGUUCUUGGUGCGCUCGUGGGCGUGGCGAAUGGAGAAGCGGAGGGAGAUGGGGCUGCAAGUCGAGUAUCCGCGCGACAGGCUGUUCCCUCCUCCUCUGCCUCGUGCCAGGGAGGAACGUGCUACCGGAAAAUUGGCCGCUGCCGAUGGCGAGGGCGGCGACGAUGACGCUGACAGCGUGCUCACGCCGACAUCAGAGCUGUCCUGUGAUGACACCGAGCCGCUUCCUCCUUCGGAACCUGAGGCACCUCCGUCGUCUUUUGCUCCGACGGAAAACGACACGGACGACGAGAAGGUUAUGUCUGCGUCUGGCCGGCAAGACGUUCCGGAUCAUGAGCUCGCAGCACCAGUUCCUGAAAAUGGCACCGCCGUAAUUGUCAGCCCUAUGGCAGAGCACCGGAGCUCAACCGAAGAUGCACCCAUGCCCCCGUCUGCGCAGAUCCAAGACACAGACCCGGCAGCAAUCGUCCCGGUUCCAGAAGACGGCCAGGAAGCCAACGACAAGCGAGCGGCUCCGGUUGAUGAUUCAGUCGCGGCUGCGCGUCCCCCUUCGCCGCCGCUAUUGACUGCACGCAGGACGUUCCACGACCUAGAUGCUGUGGAGAAAAUAACGUACUGCAACAACAUCCUGCUGCAAGAGGCGAUCCUCCAGCUGCUUCUGUGGCGCACGGGGCAACGCAAGGUGUUGGGGCUCCUCGAGCCUCAAGAGGAAGAACGCUUACACGCCAGAGCCACGGAGGAGGGCGACAAGACGAAUUGGGUGCACGACAUCCUACGGUUGCGACAGGCAGUAGAGAAGACGAUGCUCCCACCGGCAAAACCCAGCUCGAAGAGGGACGGGAGUGUUGCCGUCGGCACAAUCCGCCCGGGGCGAACUCGAAGAGGAGUUUGAAUGACUUGCUUUUGCUUGAACUUUGAAUAAAGGUUUACGGAGCUCUACGAACCUUGUUGCUAUCUCUCUAUCUAUCUACACAAGAACCAAUGCGGACAGGGAUACCCACAGCUCGCACAAAUAUAUACGAAUCGCUUACGGAAUGCGUGUACGGCGGUCGCACUUGUGCCGCGGUGCAGUGACGGUACUAUCUGCCGAAACCUACAUGAAUGCUUAUCCAGGACGGACUUGAAUGUUCGGGACCCUGGAACUUCU